UUUAAGUGUACCAAGUGUACCAACCAAAGGCAUAGACAAGCUAUUAACCUUUUUCCUAUGUCUAUAUAACGUUCCAUCCCAAGCGAGGACCCUUUUACUUUGCACUUUCCAUUUGUAAAGAUGGAGCAAGAAAUGGAGAAGAGAAAUGAAGGCAGAAUUGAAGAAAGUGAAGAGAAAUGGGUGCAUGAUGCAUCUGUGGAUUAUAAAGGCAGAGUUCCCCUCCGUGCUUCCACUGGUGUAUGGAAAGCCUCCCUCUUUGUCCUCACAAUUGAAUUUAGUGAAAGGGUAAGCUACUUUAGUAUAGCCAGUAAUCUUAUCUCGUACCUGACUAAAGUGAUGCAUGAAGACCUCAGUACAGCAAGCAAGAAUGUGAACUACUGGUCAGGAACAACAACCCUUAUGCCUCUGGUUGGGGGAUUUGUUGCUGAUGCUUACACUGGUCGAUUUUAUAUGGUCCUGUUUUCUUCCUUUGUAUACCUUAUGGGAUUAAGCCUGUUGAUCAUGUCUCAAUUCAUCCCAAGUCUAAAGCCUUGCAACACUAAGAUAUGCCAAGAGCCUAGGAAGGUUCAUGAAGUGGUUUUCUUCCUUGCCCUUUACUGCAUCUCCUUUGGUACUGGAGGAUACAAACCAUGCUUGGAAAGCUUUGGAGCUGAUCAAUUUGAUGAUGACCACUUGGAAGAAAGGAAGAAGAAGAUGUCUUUCUUUAACUGGUGGAACUUUGCACUGUGCUUUGCAUUGCUGCUUGGUGCAACGGUGAUUGUUUAUGUUCAAGAUUUUGUCAGCUGGGGAGUUGCUACUCUUAUCCUCGCUAUUCUUAUGGCUCUCACUGUCGUAGCUUUCUGUGUGGGAAAACCUUUUUACAGGUACAGGAGGGCAGAAGGAAACCCUUUAACACCGAUUUUUCAGGUCUUAAUUGCAGCAAUAAGGAAAAGGAAUCUUUCUUGUCCUUCAAAUCCUUCAUUAUUACAUGAGGUCCCUGAGUUAGAGAGGACCCAAGGAAGGCUUCUGAGCCACACUAACAGGCUCAGGUUUCUUGACAAGGCUGCAAUAAUUGAAGAAAAACGUGUUGAGCAGAAGUACAAUCCAUGGAGAUUAGCAACAGUGAGUAGAGUGGAGGAAACAAAACUUGUUCUAAAUAUAAUUCCCAUAUGGCUAACUUCAUUAACAAUUGGAGUAUGUGUGGGACAAGGCCAGACACUCUUUGUUAAACAAGCAGCCGCUACCAACUUAGAGAUAAGCGACAGUUUCAAAAUCCCACCAGCUUCCAUGGCCUCUGUUGCAGCAGUUGGUACCUUAAUAGCUGUCCCAAUAUAUGAUAGGAUUGUUGUUCCAAUUCUGAGGAAAGUCACGGGUAAUGAAAGAGGCAUCAACAUCCUUAGGAGGAUUGGCAUUGGCAUGACAUUAUCAGUCAUACUCAUGGUUGUUGCUGCCUUAGUAGAAAAAAAGAGAUUAAGAUUAAUGGUUGGACAUGAGACUAUGAGUGUGUUGUGGUUGAUACCCCAAUACUUGAUUCUAGGCGUUGGAGAUUCGUUUUCUCUAGUUGGCUUGCAAGAGUAUUUCUAUGACGAAGUUCCUGACUCAAUGAGAAGCAUAGGAAUGGCCUUGUAUCUUAGUGUACUUGGAGUAGGAUUUUUCUUAAGUAGCUUUUUAAUCAUCAUUGUGGAACAUGUCACGGGGAAAACUGGCAAAAGUUGGAUUGGAAAGGACAUAAAUUCAAGCCGUUUGGAUAAGUUUUAUUGGAUGCUAGCUGUCAUAAAUGCUUUUGUUCUGUGUGUCUUUCUCUUGGUGUCCAAAAGGUACACCUAUAAGACUGUACAGAGAAGAGCUAUGGAAACUGAUUCUUGUAAGAGUGAUGGGGUUGAGAUGGUGGCUUGAUGAGAGCUUCUCAGCUGUACCUCUCACUGCUAUAUUUUCAGCUGAAUCAAAUGUUUAAUGUAUUGUUUCCAUAUAUUUACUGGAAUUUAAAUUGUAAGUUAUUGUUGCAUA